AGGAGGUACAGGCCCUGGCCUGUUGCAGGAUGGAGGCCGCCAGGCUGGGGGAGCAGAUAAGAGAGCUCCCGGCAUGGGCUUGCGGGCAGUCGCUAGCAGCUGGAGGAGCAGGAGGGCGGGGAGGAGGGCGGGGAGGAGGGCAAGAGCCUUUGGCACCCUCGUCAGUCCUGCACCCCGCUCACUCACAGCCUGGCAGUGACCACGGAGCUCAGGACCCACGAACAUGUCCCCACCCCCGACUGCCCUCCUCUGCCUCGGGCUGUGUCUGGGUCAGGCGGCCCGAGUGCAAGGUGGUGAGUCCUCCCCAGCCUGUCCCUCCCCUGGGCCAGCCCCCGGGAGGUGCAGUGCCAGCCCUGGGGCUCCGCCCUGACCCCAGGCUCUGCCUCCCUCCAGGCCACCUCCCCAAGCCCUCCCUGCAGGCCCUGCCCAGCUCCCUGGUGCCCCUCGAGAAGUCGGUGACCAUCGAGUGCCGGGGGCCCCCGGGGGUGGACUUGUACCGCUUGGAGAAACUGGGGUCCGGGAGCUACAGGGACGAGGCUGACCUCUUCAUCCCGGCCAUGAGGACCAGCCACGCCGGAUGCUACCGCUGCUCCUACCAGAACGGGUCGCGCUGGUCGCUGCCCAGCGACAACCUGGAGCUGGUUGCUACCGGGGUCUACCAGAAGCCCUCCCUCUCCGCGCACCCUGGCCCGGCCGUGUCCCCAGGGGGCGACGUGACCCUGCAGUGCCAGACCCAGUAUGGCUUUGACCAGUUUGCUCUGUACAAGGAGGGGUCCACCAGGCCCCACAAGCUGCCAGAGAAGUGGUACCGGGCCGACUUCCCCAUCAUCACGGUGACUGCCGCCCACAGCGGGACCUACCGGUGCUACAGCUUCUCCAGCACAUCCCCCUACCUGUGGUCGGCGCCCAGCGAUGCCCUGGAGCUCAGGGUCACAGGAGCCUCUGCGGCCCCCAGCCAGUUGCCCACAGAGGCGCCUUCCUCCACGGCAGCGGCAUCUAGGGACAACACUGUGUCUCCGAGGGGCUCAAGCCCUCCGCUGGGUUUCUCCCACCUGCACUACAUCAAGGGCAACCUGGUGCGGCUGUGCCUGGGCGCCCUGGUUCUGGUCCUCCUGGCCGGACUCCUGGGGGAGGCCUGGCACAGCCGAAAGGAACUGCUGCCGCUCCGGGUCCGAGCCUUGCACAGGCCGCUUCCCCCGCUCCCGCAUGCCUCGAGGUCCCCUGGCCGCCAAGAAGGGGCCCUGCGGCCUGGGUGCCAUCGCUAGUGUGUGUGUGUGUGUGUGACCCCGCCAGGACUCUCCUGGGCUCCUCACCAGGCUCUCACCGCCCUGCCCCACCUGGCUUCCUUCUCCUUUGUGCAGACCCUCCGGGUGCCUCUCCUGCCUCCACGGUGCCUCUCCAGUCCUUAUCUGGACCUCAUCUUCCACUGCAGCCGGU